AGGUGGGGAAAAAAAAAAACACACCCAAGCACUGCCCGGGCAGGUCCAGUCGGCUGGAGCGGCGCGGGAGGGCAGCGGGGGAAGCUCCCAAGGCCCAGCCCACCCUGCAGGGGCAACAAGUGGACUUUGCCCCCCGGCAGACGCCGCGCGGGGCCCUGUGCCCGCCCUGGUGCCGGCAGCUCCUCGCCUGGGCGCGCCAUGGCAGGCCUCUGCAGCGUGCCCCCCGAAAUCCUUGCCCCGGCCGCCAACGAGACGCUGGAGCUGGCGCUGGGGAGCUGGGUGUUGCUGAACUGCACCGUGCGCUGGGCAGCGGCCGAGCCCUGCCAGCCCGACCCUGCCUGGAGCAAAGACGGGCAAUGGCUGGGCAGGGACAGCAGCCAGGACACUGCCUGGUUUGCCCAGAAUGGCUCGGAGCAGCUCCUUGCCACCGUGCUGCAGCUCAACCUCACGCACGACACCGACUUUGGGGUGUUCUCCUGCUGGGUCAGCAAUGCCACGGCCACCUUCACCCUGCGGCGAGUGGAGGCAGCAGGGCACGUGCCCGCGGUGCUGGCUGCCCUCCUGGUCCUGGUGCUCCUGGUGCUCCUGGCUGGGCUCUACGUCCGGUGCCGCCUCAGCCUGCUCCUCUGGUACCGGAACCGCUACGGAGAGCUGGAGAUCAACGACGGGAAGCUCUACGAUGCCUAUGUCUCCCACGCCCCUGCCCCGGACGACCGAAAGUUUGUCCACUUCAUCGUGAAGCCGCAGCUGGAGAACCGCUACGGCUACAAGCUCUUCCUGGAUGAGCAAAACAUCCUGCCCAACUCAGAGCCCUCAGCUGACCUGAUCAUGAACGUGAGCCGGUGCCGGCGGCUGAUCGUGGUCCUCUCCAUUGCCUACCUGGAGCAAGAAUGGUGCAACAGCAGCUUCAGGGAAGGGCUCUGGAGGCUGCUGGAGCUUUCCAAGAAACCCAUCUUCAUCAUCUUCGAGAGCCAGUACCGGGAGAUCACCCACCCAGCCAUCAGCCUGCUGAAGCAGCACCGGCACAUCAUCACCCUGCUGGUGUGGCGAGCGGGCUCCAUGACCCCCUCAUCAGACUUCUGGAAGGAGCUGUGCCUGGCCCUGCCCCGCAAGGUCUCUUUCCAGGGGACCAUGGGGGACCCGCAGACCCAGCUGCAGGAGGACAAGGACCCCAUGCUGAUCCUGCACAGCAGCUACCUGGACAGCAGCGGAGACCUCAGCCCAGAGGGGGACCUCGGCACAGGCCUCCGAGGGUACGUGUUUGGAAGCCCCCGCCCACCUCCCCGCAUCCGCGGUGCUCCCACGGCUUCGGCUGCUGGUGUGGCAGGGGACACCCAGCUGAGGGACAGCCACCGGCCCGAGAUCGACGUCUCAGACCUGGGGUCACGCAACUACGGCGCCCGCACAGACUUCUACUGCCUGGUGACAGAGGAUGACAUCUGAGUGGGGCCCAUCCCCCAUCCUCGUGGGGCCACACAGACCCAGACCACGGCCAGAGAAGCCCAAGCUUUGCAAUGGGACUAAAGCCAAGACAGGAGCUGGCUCCUGGCAGCACGCUCUGUGGUGGAAAACCAUCACCAGGGGACAUCCCUGCCUGUAAUGACUGGCACUCGAGUGCUGGGCCCCCAGUCCUCGCGUGGGCACCAGGGGUGUUUUUCCUGCAUAAGGGACAAGCGUGGCAUGCUCUCCAAGAAGCAACGUGUCCCAGUCCCAGUGUCCCAGAGGCUGGGGAACGCUGGAUGGGAGCAGCUGCAGCACCCUAACCCCCACAGAACUUCCCGUGGCAAUAAAAUGCUGCUGCUCCCCGA